UGGAGAUGGGCUCCUUCUGCGCAGACUUCCCUAACACUGCGUCAUUUGCAACCCUAAAGUAAUAUAUUGUAGUUUGUGGUGGACACGGACACCCAAGGGGUCACCUCCAAAGAAAGGCUCCUUCCGAGGGUCAGAGGGGAAGAAGAAGGAAGGGCUAUUCAGGCAGACCGCAACUUCGAGCAACUGGCCGGAGGGUUCGGGACACUUGUCCGCCACCCACCCACCGCACUAGGGGUACUGCCUGGCAGGAGGAGAGGCGAAUAUGAAAAUCCUCGUCGCUUUUGCAGUGCUUUUCCUAAUUUCAGCGCAAGUGUUUGCAGAAGAAAUCGGAGCCAAUGAUGAUCUGAAUUACUGGUCUGACUGGUCCGACAGUGACCAACUCAAGGAGGAGCUGCCCUUACCCUUGGAACACUUUCUGCAGAGAAUUGCCAGGAGACCCAGACCACAGCAGUUCUACGGGUUAAUGGGCAAACGAGAUGCUGGUUAUGGCCAAAUCUCUCAUAAAAGGCAUAAAACAGACUCCUUUGUUGGACUUAUGGGCAAAAGAUCUUUAAAUUCUGGGUCCUCUGAAAAGAACACAGCACAGAAUUACGAACGAAGGCGUAAAUAAGACAUUCCCAUGUAUUUAUUAAACUUCAUCUGUUUAAAUGGCCAAUGCAGUGUAAUAUAAACUAUCCACUGUAAGGAAUAAUUAUUUAUUUAAUAAUUGUUGGGGUUUUUUUGAGUUGUAAAUUCAAUAAAAUGAUUAUUUUUCAGAGUAUGGCAGUGAUACAUGUUGUAUAAGUGUGUUGUAGGUCUAAAAUGAAGACGCCCCAUGGAACCGAAAUCAGUGACAUUUCACAACAAAGCACAUUAUUUGAAAUGACCUAUAAAGAUAUGUUCACCAAAUAACAAACAAAGGAAAUAAAAUUUUGUUAAUUUAAAGCAAUCGUAUCAGCUUCACUCCUAGUGCAGAACAGAACUAAUGUACAGUCUAGUGCCUCAAUUUCUUUUCAUGGUUUAAAAUGUACUGUAAUUUUCGUAUCAAAAAUAUAUUUGUAUCAUUGCAGCAUGUUUUAUGUUUCGUGACUGUGUGUGUGUAUAUAUCUCUAUUUAAACAAAAGAGGUUUGAAUGUGAAUCCAAGGUCUUCAGUUCAUAGUCUGAAAUUUUAUGAUAGUAACAUUUUAAAUAAAAAAUACUUUUGGGAUUUUGCAACAUAC